UGAAACCUUUUCUGAUUGAAAUGGUCACUACCAGGCUUCAUUUGCCGUAUAAAAACUCUGGAAUUGUAGCAUUCCGAUAAUAGUCAAGUUCCAUCCUUACGUCGGAAGGUGCUUUGCCAUACUUACUUCGUGACCAUGAUAUCCAAAACAUUCUGCGUACUUCUGGUUUUAUCCGCCAUGGCGCUAUUCGACUCAUCGGCGUCUGCUGGAAUUGCUGAACUGUUUAACGACAUCGAGGAUCCUAUGUUACCCAUGAACCAUCCUUCAAUUAUAAGUAACUCUCUUCAAGAUGUUCUUGAAGAAGAUGGCGUAGGAACACCCUGCCACAUGGAAUACCAAGUGACUAAAAAAAAAGUUGGACGUUGCACUAAAUUAGGCCACGGAGUCAGAGGAUGCGUUUCCGGCACGUACCUAAAUCCGUUCCAUCCUGAUUGCAUGUAAAACGUUAAUAACACGGGAUUGUGUUAUCUGCCAUGGGAUAUUUGACAUAACUUAUUUGUAUUGGAACUAUCAUCGUCUUAUCAGCAGAGCUUGUAUUGAUUUCUUAUUUUAAGGCAACGCAUGUAUGCGGAUCCUAGUACAUUAAUAAAUAUCAGUAUAUAAUCAUA